AUGAUGUAUAAUGGUAAAUACAAAAAACAAUUUGUUGAGAUGUCAGCCAUAGGUUCGGGUGGUUUUGGGACUGUAUUUAAAGUAAAGGAUAGAUUGGAUGAUAAGAUAUAUGCUAUUAAAAGAAUGGAAUUUGACUUUAAAGAUAUUAGCGACCAACAGAAAUUGCGACGAAUUGAAGAGGUAAAAAACUUGGUAAAACUGAACUCGCAGUAUGUGGUCAAAUGUUACUACUCAUGGCUUGAGUGCAAUUAUCUGUACAUUCAAAUGGAGUACUGCUCUCAAAGUCUUAAAUCUGUUCUCAAAGACAAACACAUUGUCUUUGGCCGACAACCGGACGAAGCGAUGAAAGUAUUUGAAUAUUUCAUUUCAUGCGAAAUAUUCAAAGAAAUUUUAGAAUGUGUCCACUAUUUGCACACGUCGUGUCCGCAAGUCAUUCAUCGGGACCUCAAACCCGACAACAUAUUAAUUAAACACAACAUUAAAUUUAAUCGUUUCAUAAAACUUUGCGACUUUGGUUUGGCAACUGAACACAUGCCCACAUCGAGCGUAACUUCAUCGGGAAAUCCGGUUUCCCAGAGUCACUCACCAGAUACCGGCACCUUUCAAUACAUUGCGCCCGAAGUACACAAACGCCGGUAUAAUACCAAAGCAGACAUUUAUAGUAUGGGAGUGAUUGCACAACAUAUUUUUGAUUUGUUCGAUAUAGAUGGCCCAACCAAGAAAUAUCGACUUACAACAUUUUCGGUUAAAUUUAAUAGAUUAUACAAAAAUAAUAUUCAAUCAAUGGUCAAUUUUGCAGCCAAUGAGCGACCAAACUGUAUUGACGUACUGCAAGACUAUAACAACUGGUCUGUCGGCAAACAUUUUAAAAAUUGUGAUAUAAUUCCCACAAAUAUGGGAAACAUAAUCACAAAACUACAUGUUUUUCGUGAUCUCGAUAACUGUGUUAACGUAUUAUUCAAAACCAGCGAUGAUAUGGUCUAUGUUUUCGGUGAUAAUAGCAACGGAUGUCUGGGUUUAAGACACAACAACCCCAUCCUAUCACCCGAACUGAUACCACAAUUAUGCCAACAAAACAUACAAUACUUUGUCAAUGGAUGUGAUUUUGUGUUAGCAGUGAAUGACCUGAAUGUGGUCCACGGGUUCGGGAAUAACUAUUGGGGACAAUUGGGUCCCGUUUUCGGGUCAUUCAGAAUCGACACACCAUUUAACCUGAAGAUUGAUUUACCCAAACCGGGAAUUAUAUCAUACCUUAACGAUACAACUGUUGCGCAAAUUACAUGCGGUUAUAACCACGUGUUGGCCCUCACCAGCAAAGGCCGGGUGUACGCCUGGGGGCCCAAUAGAUACGGCCAAAUCGGUUGCGGUUAUACAUUAACAUGGAGGUUUCCGUUGACUAAACACGAGCUCAAUUUUAAUAUUUAUAAUAUACAAACUGUUUAUUGCUAUUAUCGCUCCUCAUUUGCCAUCACAACCGAUGGACUGGUGUUCAGUUGGGGUGACAAUAGUGGCCAUCAUUUGGGACACAAUAUAAGUGAUGAUAAUUUUAGUGAUAAUAAUUAUAAGCAACAAUUCAUAGAGAUCUCAACCAUUAGUUCGGGCGGUUUUGGGACAGUAUUUCAAGUAAAGCAUAGAUUGGAUGAUAAGAUAUAUGCCGUCAAAAGAGUACAAUUCGGUGGUAAAUAUCAUUACUUUAUUUUAAUGAAGACAAAAAACAUAGAAUUUUAAAAGAAGUAAAAAGUUUAGCAAAACUGGACUCAGAUUUUGUGGUCAAAUAUUACAACUCAUGGCUUGAGUGCAAUCAUCUGUACAUUCAAAUGGAGUAUUGCUCUCAAAGUCUUCGUUCACUUCUC